CCGCGUAGAUAUAAAACAAGAGUUAUUUAGGGUUUUAUUGGCGGCGCCUUUCGUUCUCGUUUCCCAGUGACACUCGAACUCGGAGGAGGGAUCCAAAAUGCCUUCACACAAGACAUUCAGAAUAAAAAAGAAACUUGCUAAGAAGAUGAGACAGAACAGACCUAUCCCUUAUUGGAUCCGUAUGCGAACCGACAACACCAUCAGGUACAAUGCAAAGCGUCGUCACUGGCGUCGCACCAAGCUUGGCUUCUGAGGUUCUUUCAUUAUUCGGUUUUGUUUUUAUUUUUCUUUUGAUAUCAGACAACAACUUUUGUUUAGGUGUUUUUAAUGUUGGGAUUGAAAUCAGUGUUAUUUAUUUAAUGAAUUGGUUUGUGGUUUUGAACAUCUUAUUUUAUUUUAUGUAGUGACUAUGAUGAUUUGACUCGCAAUUUUAAUUUUGUUUAACAGAAUGAAUGGAUGGUCUUUAAUCUGAUUAU